CCAAAAAGGCCAGUCCUCAGGAUCACGCUGUGUUUGUUGACCAUUUGUUGACCAACCAUGAAUGUUGCCGUAUCACCGAUGGCCAGUGAGGCUUCCUCCCCUAUGAUAACCUCUGUGACUCCCACCCUGGAACCCGGCCCCGAUAAACACGAUGAUCCGUGUGGGCCCAGCGUCAGCAGGGACGAGCCAACCCAGAAACAAGAUCCCUACCGCAGGUACCAAAAACCCCCUCCUCUCCACACAGGGGCCGACUGGAAGGUGGUUCUGCACCUGCCGGAGAUCGAGACCUGGCUGAGGACCACUACGGAGAGAGUCAGAGACCUCACACACUCUGUGCAGCAAGACAGCAUCAAUAGACACGUGGAUGUACACCUGGUACAACUCAAGGACAUCUGUGAAGACAUAUCGGAUCAUGUUGAGCAGAUCCAUGCCCUGUUGGAGACCGAGUUCUCCCUGAAGCUCCUGUCCUACUCGGUGAACAUCAUAGUGGACAUCCAGAGCGUGCAGCUCCUCUGGCACCAGUUGCGAGUGUCUGUGUUGGUUCUGAAAGAGAGGCUUCUCCAGGGCCUCCAGGACUCCAACGGCAACUACACCCGCCAGACUGACAUACUGCAAGCCUUCAGCCAGGAUCACAACGAGGCUCGGCUGGACGAUUUGACAGAAGUGGACGACUCUGGCCAACUGACUAUUAAAUGCACUAAGGACUACUUCUCCUUGGACUGCGGCAUCACUGCUUACGAACUGAGUGAUUACAGCCCCAUUGACGACCCAGAAGGUCGAGGGCCACGCUCCCUUUAUCCCGAGUUGGAGCAAGACUUUCCAGAACUGCUUCAGAGUGUGGAUCUCCUAAACAUCGCAGCCUCUAGACAAAACCAGGUGUCAACUCCAUCUGCAGAAGAGUCCAUUACUUCCACCCAGGAACCUCAAGAGACAAUCAGUGGCCCCACCAAAGAAGAAAGCGCACCAGAUUCAGCAAUGCAGGGAGAUUGUGGCUUUGGCCUUUCCAAACGCCCUCUUCAAAGUGGCUUUAAGAGUGAUGUGUCUCCUACACAGCCUUUGCCUAAAAAGCCCAUGUACCUGGAGGGUGAUGGGGACACAAGGUGCACUAGGUCUUUGCCUCUCCAGUACCAGGCUGAUAUGAGCAGAAGCACACCCUCCCUUCUAGAUACACCGGAUCGCUCGAAGUUCUGGCUGGAGCUGGAAUCAGUCUAUCCAGGCAAUGGGAGUCAGUCCUAUGAGAGUCUCCAUGCUGUAAACGGGAGGAACUUGCAGAUGAGUCUCAAGAGACCAUCGGAAGUCCCUCUGGAGAGACGCUCAUCAGAGGCCAUGCAGGGAUUCCACACGCAGAAGCACUUGACAAACUUCAAGACUAUGCACUCCAAAGCCAAGCAGGCUUACAGUGACUCUUCCAGCCCUCCACCAUCUUCAGGGGAGGACAUCUCAGACCCUGACCAGCGGGAAAUGUCAUCCAGUCCAGACGAUCAAGCUCCCACCACAGGUUCUCUCUGGAUCAUGAACCAGAAUGCUCUGUGCAUCUCCAACCCAUCAGGAAGCCCCAAAGAGCAAUGGUAUGGCUCAGAUGAGUUCCUCGCUCUUCCCACCCAGCUGAAAAAGACAGAGAUGUUGGCGAUGAAGCUGGAAAGCCUCGCUCAGGCUUUACCACAAAGGAGCCUGCAAGAGUCCAUCCAGGACGUGGAUGACUGGGAGCUUACUGAGGUCAACCCUGAUUGGGAGAGCAACAAUGAUCUUCUUUUGCUUCACUCCUAUAAGAAGCCCUCCCGAGCCGGCCGCUUUUCACCUACCUCCUCGAGCGACGUGGCACCUUCUCUGGAUGAAAGCAUCGAGUCUGGCCCACUCAGCGACCUGUUUUCCGAGGAUGAGGGGGCGCGAAGUACACCUGAGUCCAGGGGUAGAAAUAUAUCGGCUGGCCGGCCCAAUGCACCAAAGAUGAUGUUUCAGUGCACACCCUCGAUACAGCAACUACUAGCAGAUAUUCAGCACCAAGAGAACUACCAUGAUGUUUGGGCGAAUCUAGAGGGUUUUGUCAGUAAACUGGAUGAGUUCAUCUGCUGGCUGAGAGACGCUCUCGAAACCACAGACAACUGGACGCCACCCAGAGCUGAUAUCGACAGCCUCAAACUCUACCUGGAAACUCACCUUAGUUUCAAACUCAACGUGGACAGUCACAGCGCUCUGAAAGACAGUCUCCUGGAGGAGGGACGGCAGCUCCUGGAACUCAUCACCUCCCACAAAUCAGGACUGCGGGACAUGCUCCACAUGAUAUCCCACCAGUGGCAGGAGCUGCAGAGACAGAUCCGCCGUCAGCACAACUGGAUGCUGCGCACGCUGGACGCCAUCAAAACCCACAUCCUGUCCAGCGAGAGGGACGAGCAGGAGCGGGAAACUCACAGUCAUCACGGCAGCCCCAAGCAGGUGGCGACCUCUUCGGUUACUGAAGACCGGACCAACACCGACGGCACAGAUGAGUCACCCCGAUCUGUUUCAGGAGCUCGUAGACUCACUACGACGCGUCCUUCUGAAUCCACCGGCAUCGUCACCAUCACCGGCACCGCCGCCCUCACCACCCAUCACCUCCUCCAUUCCAACCAGCACUUCUUCGCCUACCAUCAUCGCUAG